AUGUCCGACACAAUUGAUUUGGAGAGGAACAAUCUCUGUACAACACAAGACGCAUUUGAAAAUUUUCAAGCGGUAUCCAUGUACGAAGAAAGUGAAUGUAUUGUUUUGCCUAAUACAUCAAUCACCCAGCCGGAGACUGCAGGAUCGACAAAUGCAUUAAAAGAGUUAUCAUGUGACACCGAAAUCGAAAUAUCUUCGACAGUUGAUGAUCAAUUGCAAAGUGUAAAUAGUACAUCAAAACCGUAUAAAGAAACGAAAAAAUCCAUAAAGGUAAGUUCGGAAAGGAAAGUGCUUUGUAGUAAGUCAUUGAAGUCGAUUGCUCGGAAAAAUAAGAGAGGUAGGAAAAAGAAAAAUGUGAAUGGUAACAAUGGGACCGCCGGUGAAAAUAUAACACCUGUACCUAUAUCACAUACAAGUGAUAUUGCCGAAGAUGUAGCUAUGGACGAAAAAGACAGUGUUAUUCGAGAUCCCCAAGUAAGCACUACACAGGGCAGUUCAGGAACUAUUGAAGAAAAGAUUUCAUUUAAAACUGUUUCAAAAAAAGGUAUUAAUAAAAGCCAUAACAAAAAAAUUAGUACAGGUAAAAGAGGAAGACCAAGACUUAGUGAUAAGCCUGUACCUGAAUCCCACAAAUUCAAAAACAAUGAAAGUGAAAGCAAAAGCAAAAGUAAUAAAGGCAGGCGUGGGCGACCAAAGAAAUUAAGUAAAGUACUGGAUACAAAUUUAAUACCAGAAAAUAUUGAAAGUGAAAUACAAACUGAAAGUACUCUGAAACUUACUAAACAUGUCGAUAUGAAUUUAGUCCCAAAAGAUUUACCAUUAGUGAAAUUGAAAAAUGGAAAGUCAUUAGAUGAAUGUAAUAAAGAAGUGGGUUGUGAUGCUGGUAGAUUAGAGAAGCAAAAAUCUAUUAAAAAGAAUAUGUCACCAGAAAAAAUGCUUAGUAAUCCAGAGUGUGUACCAGAUUCAGGGUUAAAAGAAAGUCAAGGCAUUGUAGAGAAUAUUUCUAGUAAUAAAGAUGUGAACAAUUUAAAUGAACAAACUGAACAUGCUGAAAUUAAAUGUAACAUAAAUAAUGCUACAGAGGUUUGUGAAGACAGUUUAUCAAAAAAUAAUUUUCCCGAUGAUGAUGAGGCAGAUGAUAUUUGCUUAAGUAAGCUAAAAGAAACCCUUGAUACUUCCAAGAGUGAAAAGCUACCUGUGAGAACUGAAGAGCAAUCUAUAAAUUCAUUAGACAUUAAUGUGAAUGAAAAUGAUGUAGUGAAUGGUAAUUCUAUUAAGAGGGACUCUAAAAUGCCAAAUAUGACAGACAAUGAAUACAAUACUAAUAACAGUAUUGUUGCAAAUGAACAAAUUAUGAGUGAUGUAGAUAAUGCUGUAAAAGGUGAUCAUAAUCUGUCUUCCAUAGUUGAAAGUUCUAGCGGAAGACCUUUGCGAAGAAAGGGUAAACCAAAUUUACAUUAUGAUGAAGAUUCUGAUGAAGAUCCUUUUGCAAAUGUAGAGUUAUCUGACGAUGAUGGUGAACCUAGAAGAUCCAAAAAGGGAAGGUGUUAUUCCGAUGAUGAAUAUAUACCUGGUAGAAAGCGUGGACGAAUUUCUUCAUCAGAUACAACAGACAGCGAUAUAGACAAAAAUGAAGAAGAAUUGAAGAAAACGAAAAGGAAACGUGUUAAUAAUAAGAAUAUCAAGAAAAGAGAAAAGAAGCAUAAAGACAAAAAUAUAGAAACACCAAGAGGGGACACUAGUCAGUCAAUGGAUAUGCCAUUAACAGCAGAUGAAAAUAGUCAGAAAGAAGAUGGUGUUGAUGUUGGUGUAGAAGGUAAAGUUAUUAAAAUAGAUGAUGACUAUUCCUCUACACCUUCUAAUGUGUGGGGCACAACUCAUGAGUUUGAAAAUUUCUUAGCAAAAAAAAUUCAAGGCACAAAUUUAAAAAUUCAGAAGGUGUCAAACAUCCAACCCAGAGCAAUAACACCUUUAGAAAUUCCGGUUAUUGAUCCAAACAUGGUUAAAAAAACAAUUGAGAUGAGUGCUCAAACAAAUGCUAUUCAAACAGCAACUGCAGCAGUACAAACAACUACACCAUAUGACAUUCCAAUGAAAACAAAUGUUCCCCUUUCAGCAGAACAAGCUGAAAAGGCAUGUGAAUUUUUGAAAGAUAUUGUAAAAACAACUUCCGAAUUAGGUGAACUAAUGACUCAAAAAUCGGAAGACUUUAUUCAGAAGAAAAUUAAUACAAAGCAUGUUACUGACACAUUUAAAAUGGAUUACUGUGUAAGAAAAUCAUUUUUAUUAUUUAAACUUGCAAAGCAUAAUUUGAUGCAAAUGGAAGAAGAUUUAUCAAAACAAUAUGAAGAAUUUUUGAAGAAAAAUGAUUUGCUGCAAUAUAGGGAGGUGCCAAAACAUAUUACACCUCAAAUAAAGUUGAUUGAUAGUGACAGUGACUGUGAGAUCGUAGAGGAUACAGACUCCAAAAUAAAUUCAAAAGCCAAGGAACAGCCAAAAUUCAAUCUCAAAACUGUAUUCCUCAAUAAAGAAUUAUCAAUAAAAAUAGCCAAAAAGCCAAAUGAGGAACCAAAAGGCAAAGACAAAAUUAAUAUUAAAGGCAAGCGUACUGUAUGGCUUAAUGACUCUGUGAUGGUAAAAAAAGUGCAACCAAAACAGUCUUUUUUAGCCCAGGACAGCCGCAAUAAAAAACCCCCUGAUACAUAUGUCACUUAUAAAAUGGUGAGCGAUUUUUUUAAAGAUUAUUACUAUCAGACUGCAAAAUCAAUUUGUGCUCCAUUUAUUACCACAGAAUGGUUUUACUUAAACGAAAAUAAUGUUCCCUGCAAUUACUUUUAUAUAAGACCAUCAGAAUUUAAUAUUAGUCCUGGUUAUUUUCAAAAUGGUGAAUCAACAAAUAACAUAGAUGCCUCAGAAUCUGACAUCAAUACAAAUGGACAAUCUAGUGACAAUGUUAAUGAUAGAACUUAUCCAAAGGCAUUACUUUCAUUAUGUGUUCAAGUUCUUCAAAACAGUAUGCUUCACACCAUAAACAAUGGAAGGUAUCAGGAAGAAGUCUGCGGUAAUACAAAUAAUAUUGCAGAUUAUAAGCGAGACAACCCAGAAUCAUUGUUUCGGUUAUGUGUAAAUAACAUAAAGUGUAUAUUAAGUGAAGACAAUGGCAAGAGGACAUGGUCAAAAUUACCAAACAGUAAGGGUUUUAUAGUUGAAGAAAAAAGUGUUCAAGUUCUACAUAAUAAUAUGCUUCACACCGUAAACGAUCAAGGGUAUCAGGAAGAAGUCAGCGAUAAUACUAAUAAUAUUGCAGAUUAUAAGCGAGAUAACCCAGAAUCAUUGUUUCGGUUAUGUGUAAAUAACAUAAGAUGUACAUUAAGUGAAAACAACAGCAAGAGGACAUGGUCAAAAUUACCGAAUACUGAGAGUUUUAUAGUUGAAGAAAAAAUUAGCUCACUAAAAACUUUAUGUUACAAAAUAAUUGUUAAACAAAUUUUUACACCAUUCGCUAUAAGCAAUAACUGUAACAUCUUGCUGCCACAUAAAUUUCAUGAUAAUCAUAAAAGAAAUACAGUUAAUUCAUUAUUCUCACUAUGUGUAAACAUUGUGCAAAAAAGUCAAAAGACAAAUAACAAUUAUAAGAAUAAGAGUAAUGAAGUUCAUUUAUAUUCACCAUGUUCUUUGAAAUAUAUAACUCUUUCUUGCAUAUUAUCUCUAAUGAAAAAUAAUGAGAAAAAGAAUCAAGAAAGUACAGUGAUUUGUAAUUUAAAUAUUGAAGAAAGUCAUGGGUUUUUAAACAAUAAUAAUGAGAAAUUUGCAACUGAUAUGCAUUUUAUAAAAAGUAGUGAAAAACAAAAAUUACUUCAAAAGAAUAACACAUUGGAAGAUAUUGAAAAGUGUAAUUCUGUGAAAAAUAAAAUAAAAAAAUUGUCCAAAAUUUGUAUUGAAAAAAUUUCUUUAAUUUUUGGUGAAAAUUAUCAAAAUAAAAUGUUAGAAUUUGACUCCAUACAAAUAAAUUCUGUCAACACGGUACCAGAUGAGGUGUUUUCCAGUUUACAAAACAUUUCACCAAGUUUUGAAGAGGGUGCUGUAUCUUGUGAUGUUGAUGAUACAAAUAGUAAUGACGAGGAUAUAUUUGAUGAUUACAGUGAAGAAGUUAAUCUGUUAACAGAACCUUUAUGUCCUUUAAAUGAGACUAGUGAAAAUUCAAGCUUAAUUCAAAUACAAAAAUCAAAUACAGAAAUUAUUAGACCUGAAAUAACUCAAGUGAAAACAGAACCUUUGGAAGAAGACAUUCUAGAAAAUGAAGAAAUUCCAUUUAUAAAAAUAGAACAAGAUGAAAAUGUUGAGGAUUCUAGUUUUAUCCCACUACUUAAUAAUGUAGUGGCUGCAAAACAAGAAAAUGCUUUUCAAUCAACCAAUGAAAAAGUAAAUAAUUGUUAUGAUGAAUCAUUCUUAAACGAAAAAGGAAUGUUGGAUUAUGAUAAUAGAGAAAGCUUUAAUCUUGAACAAAAAGUUUUCAGUCAGAGUUCCCUGAGGGUCCGUAGACAAUUUGAACCUGAUUCUGACACUGAAGCUGAUAAUACUAUGAGCUUACUAGUUCCACACACAUUUGAAUCAUUAAAUAUUGAUAAAGUUAAAAGCACACUUAUGGAAAAUUCUACUUCCGAUGAAGAAACAGUUACACAAAAACGAACACCAAACAAAAAAAAGCUUGAAAGGCGGAAAACUAAAUCAAAGCCUUUAUUAACGAAAAGAAAUAAAGAUGUUUCCAAAGAACUACCAGUGACUAAUGAAGUUGAUUUGUUAGCUGAAAAAAUGCAGGAUAAAUUAAGACAAACAGAAAGAAACACACAAAGUUCUGACUCUGAAACCGAAAAUAUUGCUUUAAGUUUAAGAAGGGAUAGGAAAACAAAAAAAGAUAGCAUAAAAGAAUCUGAUUUUAUAAACAAAACAAUUUUGCCUGAUGAAAUACAGUGUAGUAAUGUAGAUUCUACACAAAAAAUAGUUGAUCAUGUUGAGGAUACAUCCAAAAAUGAUAAUGAAAAUUCGAGUGGUAGUACUUUAAAUAAAAAUGGAUUGAUAGAAUAUAACAAAUAUGUUAAUGAUCUAUAUUCUAGGAUGAAGUUUUCAAGUGAUACAUCAGAAUUAAAAAAUGAUUCAAAAAAGCUGUCAAAUAGUCAAUUUAAUGAAGAAAAUGAAGAUUCAGAUAGGUCAUACUCGCCUGCAAUAAAUACUGAUGAGCCCAUAGAAUUAUUACAAUGUGAACCCAACUUGUCCUUUCUUAGCAAUGAUGUUGAUGACGAAACAGUUUCAACGAAAAACGAUAACCGAGAUGAAAGAUGUCAGGAUACAAAUAAAAUUUUUGAAAAUGACCCUAGCAGUAAAUAUGAAAAAACUAAUAAUCUUUUACCCAUAAACCUUAAUGAGUGGAAAUGUUAUCCUGUUGAUGGUAACGACACUAAAUUGUGUCAAGAAGCUGUUGUGGUUUUAGAAAAAUUACCAGAAGCAUUUGUUGAGACAUAUUUCAAAUAUCAAGAUAUUAUACACCGAGAUAAAGAUGAUAUUGAAGUAGAAAGAUUAACAAACUUACAAUCAUUACAUCGAAUAAAAAAUUUAAAAGUCAAUUCCAAAGCAACAGACAAGCCUAAUGGUAAUAUUUUACGAAAAUCCUUAAAUUCUCGUUCAACCUCGCCAUCUUUAGAUAUUCAUCAAGAUAGUGAUAGCAAAGAAUUAACACCCUCUGAAGACGAGGUAGAUAAUGCUGAUGAAUCGAUCCCACUUGUUCGGCCACAAAUCUCUGAAAACUCUUUGGCAAAGAAUACUCUUAUGGAAGAAGAUAAUGACAAUGAUUUACUACCUGAUAAACCCAUUAAAGAAGAACCAGAAGAUAUUGAAGAAAAGCCAGACUUAGUGACAAUAAAUAACCAAAAACAGCCAAAAAAAAUUAAACACAACCAAGAAAUAAAAGGCAUUAAAACAAAAUUAGCAAUGGAAACAAAAAUAAAGUUAGAAGAUGAGGAACCUCAAGAACCAUUAAUGUUGACAGCAGAUAAAGUGAUGAAUAAAGAACUAACAUUAUUAAACACACCCGUGGUAAUGAGAGAUGACAUCAAUGAUAACCUAUCUAGAAAGAGCUCUUUAAGAAAUAGUUCUAAAAAAGUAUCUAAGAACUCUGGAAACAAAGAUCGCAUAGAACAAGAUCAAUCUUCUGAGGAAGAGGAGAAACAAUGGGUUAGCACUAAAGAAAAACUUCUAAAAAAAAUGGAAAAGAAGCAGGAAGAUUCCAGCAUAGACGAUGCCAAACGCGCAAAGCUUGUUAGUGAAUUCAUAGAAAAAUGUGAAGCGCCAGAGUCGCGUAAAAGGCAUAUCCGCGGACGAGGGACGCGCUCCAGAAAAAAGUUUUGGGAGCGUCAAAAACAACUGAGUGUUCUGUCAAGGGAGCUUUUUGGUGAGUCUUCUGAUGGUUCACCUCUACCAGGAAAGAAAUUUUCACAUGCAUAUGGUAAAGGACGACGCAAUAUAAGAAAGGUUAUAGACAAAAAGUCUUUGGCGAGGAGCACCGUGAUAGCGAAUAUGGAAGAGUUUGAGCGCAAACGUCGACUCAACAUGCGCCAAACAAGACUGAGGGAACUUCUUGGCUGCGAGGAAGGUGUUAAUGUUCUAGUCAUAAACGAUGAAGUUUGUCUCGAAUAUGACUUUGAGGGACAUUGCCCCGUUGUUACCAUUCAUCCUUUCUUUACAAAGGUCAUGAAAGCGCAUCAGUACGAAGGUGUGAAGUUCAUGUGGGACGCUUGCUUCGAGAGCCUGGCGAUGAUAGAGGCGGGUCACCCCGGAGGUGGGUGCAUACUCGCGCACUGCAUGGGGCUCGGCAAGACUUUGCAAGUGUUGGCAUUGCUCCACACGGUAUUGACACACCCGCGUGUCGGCAUGCAACGAGUGUUGGUAUGCUGCCCGCUGUCCACUGUCCUUAACUGGGUCGAUGAGAUUCACAAGUGGAUCGGACCUGUCACAAACAAGCUCAAGUCACGCAAUUUGAAGAGGAGAAUGCAGGUAUUUGAGUUGUCGAAGCUAAAGAAGACUUACGAAAGAGCAUAUCAACUCGAAGACUGGUACAAUGGAGGCGGUAUCUUCAUUAUCGGUUACGAGUUAUUCCGCAACUUGUCAACUUUGGAUCCUGUAUUGGACGGAAUUCGCCCAACAAUAGUCAACAAAAUACGGAUGGCACUGUUGGACCCGGGCCCGGACAUCAUAGUUUGUGACGAAGGCCAUCUCCUAAAGAACGACAGUUCGGUGCUCGCGGUCGCUAUGAGCAGAGUUGCGACCAAACGACGCAUAGUCCUCACCGGGACCCCAAUGCAAAAUAAUCUCCGAGAAUAUUAUUGUAUGGUGAAUUUUGUGAAACCCAAUCUGCUCGGAAGCUAUUCGGAAUAUUCCAACAGAUUCGAGAACCCAAUUAUGAACGGCCAACACCGCGAUUCAAUAGAGGAAGAUAUUAAAUUAAUGAAAGCGAGGACGCACAUCUUACACAAGGUGUUAGAAGGUUGCCUUCAGCGUCAAGAGGCGUCGGUACUAUAUCCGUACCUCCCCAAGAAACACGAAUACACUGUCUUCAUACCUUUGACGAAAUGUCAAAGCGAUCUAUAUAAGCAUUAUUUAACGCAUUACACAAAGUUGGGAAAGCAGAGUAUAUUAAGAGAUUUCCACAUACUGCAGAAGAUAUGGACUCACCCGCAAGUGCUGCAUAAUUUCCAAAUGAAAUCGCGGGAAGUUAACAUUAAAGUGGAGAAGAUAGAAGAUGACCUGGCAAAUGAAGACCUGACGGCCACAGAGGAUAUAAAGCCAGCGCAAACAGAGGUGUGGUGGCUGCAGUACUUAGAAGGGGGCAAUAUGCUCGACUCGUUGGAGAGCUCCAACAAAUUGCUUGCUGUCUUCCGCAUACUCGACGAGUGCCUUGCUCUAGGAGAUAAAGUGCUGUUGUUUUCGACGUCUCUGUUCACAAUGGACACGCUGGAGUAUUUUCUGAAGCGCAUCAACAACUGGAGCUUAGGCCGCGAGUACUACCGGCUGGACGGUUCCGUGCCCGCCGAGGUGCGUCAGAAAUGGUGCCGCGAGUUCAACGCCGACAGCAACCAGAUAACCAAAUUAUUCCUUAUAUCAACUCGGGCUGGCUCGCUGGGGCUCAACAUGACGGCAGCUAACCGUGUCAUUAUUCUUGAUACUUCAUGGAACCCCGCACACGACAUACAGAGUAUCUUUCGAGUUUAUCGAUUUGGUCAGAAGAAGGAUUGCUAUAUAUAUAGGCUAGUCGCUUUGGGUACAAUGGAACAGAAGAUAUACGAGCGUGCCGUGACGAAGCAGGCAGUAGCGUGCCGCGUAGUGGACGAACAACAGAUUGAUCGCCAUUACAAUAUGGAUGAACUCACGGAAUUAUACAAGUUGGACGAGUCGGGGUCGGGCGUGGCGAGCGGCGUGGCGGUGGGCGUGACGGACGUGGCGCUGCUGCGCGGUGCGCGCGACGCGCCGCUUUACGCCGUGCACGAGCACGACUCGCUGCUGCGCGGCUCGGCUGAGCAGCAGCUGCCGGAGCACGAGCGCGCCGCCGCCUGGCUGCAGUUCGAGCAAGAGCAGGCGCACACGCAAAUGAAAAACUUAGGACAGAGUUCGUUUAAAACGCCAACAAAACGACUUCAUGGCCAUGAUUAUGCAAAGUCACCAGUGCAUUCACCCGUUGAAAUCAAAAACGAGAAUGACGCAAAAGUACCAAAAGCAAAAAUCAAACUAAGGUCAAGAAAGACUUGUAAAAAUUAUUUCAAAGAUAGAAUACUUUUAGAAAAAGAACCAAGCACCAGCAAGAAAAUCGUAACUGAUGAUACCACCAAUAAAGAAUCUAUGAUGGUACAACAGAUCAAACACAUAUUAGUCCAAAAUGACUUUCAUAACCGUUACCAUGCCUCCGAUAUAGAGAACUGCGUAACAAAGGUGCGCCAAGUGGUUGACGCUGCUCUUAAAGAAGGCCAUACUAAUGUAAGUGAUACUGUAACGGAAAGUAUAUCAAAGGUAUUACUUAACUCGGAUACAGGUAUCCUUGAUCCCCAAUUUUCGAAAAAUCUAAAAUGGAACAUGGCCAAAUUACCUCAAAUGAUGAGAUAA